AAGUAUUCCAUUCAUUGUAAUAUAAUUAGUUUACUAUGAGUGAAAUAGAAGUAGAAAUUGAAGUUUGUGAAAAAGGUUCACGCAAGGAGACAUGAUGAAUUCAAGUUGAAAUUCAACGAAGGAUGUUGCAACUCAAGUAAGGAGAGAGUUGCAAUGGUAAAGAAAAACGAUGAUGGUAGUGAGCCGCCCGAUUCUGCUCUUCUUUUUCUCCCCUGCACCAAACAAGAAGCAAGCCACCAACUGCGCCACCGACUGCACCACCCAUUUGAGAAAACCGAAUUUCCGGAUCUACUCUGCUCUGUUCCUCACCGUCUGCUACUCUUGGUGUGGGUGCGAAUUUCUCUGAUUUUUGGAUUUCUUGAUUUUUCCUUCCAUGCCCGUCGACCUCCCCCAAACCCACCAGCUUCAGUUUGCUUGCUGCAAAUUCUGGUUCUUGAUCCUUCGGUCACUUAGAACUUGGAUUGAGUCUACGGUUUUAUGCGAGUGAGGUAAGUAAAUUAUGGUAAUACCCUCCAAUUUUAAAGCUCAUUUUAGCUUGUUUUUGAAGUGGUGACGGGACUAAACCCGUUUUACACAAGUAUGAUUGAUUUGAAAUGAAAUUAUUAUUCUUUUUAUUAAUUUGAGCAUGCCUUCUCAGAGUUUACUUAACUGCCCUGAUGAUCUGAAAAUUAUUUAUAAAUUAUGAUUUUCUUGUUAACUUCUGCUUGUUUUGUCUCUGAUAUAGUCAUGUUAUUCGUGUGCCCGCUAGUGGGAGGUUUAUAAACGCUAGCACACGUCGACAUGUUACUUAUAAAAUCAGUUCAUUUCUAUUAUACUGUUAUCCUGCUAGUGGGAUUAUACACUAAUUAAUCGUGUGCCUGCCAGUGGGAGGUUUAUAACACUGGCCAUGACCUAUGGAGGAGACGUCUAUUUCAUUUUUGUACUCAUACCUGUUUUUUUCGUGAUUAUACUUGUAGGCAUGCUAUAAGUUUAAUUAAGGGCAGUCUAUAUUUACUUACUGAGUUAUCUCAUUGUUUUUCCUUGUUCACCAUUUCAGGAAGCGAAGUCAAGGACGGGGAAAAACGAGGAGAGUGACGAGUUAGAAGGUUAGCCAUCUUGUAAAUUGAAUAUAGAUUUUAGAUAUAAAUCAUGAUCUUGUAAGCUAGACUUUAUUUGGAGAUUUUAUGAUAUUAGAGCAAAUUUUAUAAUUUUAUCUUCAGAUUGUGGUAUAAUAAGGUUUCAAGUUUUGU